AUGCUAAGCGACGUGAAAUUUGUGGUUCCUGUGUCGAGUGGAGAAACCAAAAGUACGAAAGUGAUCCCAGCUCACAAGUUUGUGCUAGCAAUCGGUAGUCCUGUGUUCUUUGCCAUGUUCUAUGGUCAAAUGGCGGAGACUAAAGACUCUAUCGAACUACCUGACUGUGAUUACGACAGUCUGUUUGAGUUAUUUCGCUUCCUCUAUAGCGACGAAGUGGCUUUAAGUGGAGGUAAUGUGAUGCAAGUGAUUUACCUAGGGAACAAGUACAUGGUGCCUAUACUCGUUGAGAAGUGCACUGUUUCGUUUAAUAAAUAGGCGUUGCCUCGUGUUGACAGAUUUAUUCGAUGACAAGAAUCGUGAUUGACAUUAAUUCAAUAGAUUGAUUUAAAAGCGUUAGAUUAUUAUGUUUUAAGUCAGUUUUUCAGCAGAAUCGAAGUGAGAAAGAAGUUAUUUUGUUAUCGUUUUUCUGUCUCUAAAGCCGCUUACCUGGAGAAUCUGCUAACCCGUAAAGUGAGACUGUUGUAACGACCCGCCACAGAAGUAAGUUUAUAUUGAAGUUUUUUAAUUUAGUUACAAGAUAAAGACUUGAUUUGUGUUUGUUCUAAUUGCGAAUUAUAAAUGUAUUUCUUUUAGAUCGAAUAAUUAUUAAAGCUUGGCUUAAUAUUAUACGGUUUGUGGUGGUCACUUGAUCUAACCAGUUCCGAGUAAGGAAACAUGCACAGAAUAUCUCCGCGACAAUUUGACAGCAGCAAACGUGUUUAGCAUUCUGCCAUACGCCCAGAAAUUUCAGGCCGAAAAUUUGGAAGAACGAUGCUGGGAAGUUAUCGAGAUUUUCACCGGGAAAGCUGUGACAUCAGACGACUUUGUGACAGCUGAGCGAUCUGUUGUGAAGAGAGAAGUGUUGUGCGUGACGGAAGUGGAACUGUUCAAAGCUGUUGAUCACUGGGCCACAGAAGAAGGACAACGGCAGGGACUUACACUUGAUGGAGAGACGAAGAGACGACUUCUUGGAGAGGAGAUCGUGAAAGGAAUUCGCUUUCCGUUAAUAUCAUUAGCAGAGUUUGCUAUGGUAGUCUGUGACACUGCUAUUUUAUCUAGGAAGGAGACUGAGGACAUGAUUAAAUACUACGGCAAUGUCUUGAAAACUCCUUUACCAUUUUUGCAGGGAGCAAGGAAGAAGCUUCCUGUGUUUCGGGUCAACAGAUUUAACAAUUAUGGUAACCCAACUACGGGCCCAGGUUGGAAUUACAUCAAUGGCUUCCCUGACAGAGUUCUCUUCUCCGUGAACAAGCCUAUUAAGUUGCUUGGAAUUCAACAUUUUGGUUCUGACGGUGGCGAGCACACAGUCUCCACUGAGGUCAAAGAUACAGCCACUAGUUUAACUGUUGUCAAACGAUCAGGAACAUUUACUUCGAAAAGGGAGACGAACAAUAAUUAUUAUGGCUUUUUUGUUUCGUUUGGUAAUCUAGUUUGCUUGGAAGUAAAUAAGCAGUAUACACUAGAGUCACUUAUCAACGGUCCUGAAUCAUGGUACGGAACAGAUGGGCGAACAUCUGUUGAAGCAGGAGGAGUGCAAUUUACUUACAGUGAUCCAACAGGUACUGGCAACGGCACCACCGUAGCAGGAGGCCAGUUUCCAGCUUUUAUUUUCAUCUGAACUGUAUCUGUAUCUACGUACAGUUGAUAUCAAUAUCCUGACUCAGUCAGUUUUUGCGAAAUUGGUCACAGUAUUUUUCACUGGUUAUUACAGCAAAAAUAUGCCAAGCCUGUUAGCAAAAUGAAUUAAUAGAUAAUAAUAAUUUUGUGAUAACCUUAACCCUUUUUACCCUAAGAGUGACCAGCAUCUAAUUUCCCUUACAGUAAUCACGCUGCUAGAUCGUUUGUUAAGAUCGCGAACCUGAGAAAUUAUGAUUGUUAAACAAAUUCUCCUCAUCAGUACCAAAGGAAAUGUAUAGAAAAGAGUAUGGAGAUCAUGGAUUUUGAUGUUAAGGUGUAACGGGUUAAUCCAAUGAAAUAGUGUCAUGGAGACUCAGUUAUUGUAGCUCAGAGCUUAUCAAGUCAAUUUACAGACAAUUUUUUCAUUAUAAUAAAUAAAAAUGAUCACAAAAGAAUUUGACAAUCUUUCUUAGUUUUGAAAUUAGCCAGUGAUAUCUGGUCUUUUAGUGCAAGGUUUACCCCCAGUAAUUUCUGUAUGAAACAAGCUUUAUCAACCCUUUCUCUCAAAUCCUUUAAUCUUUUAAUAACGAUCAUCGUCUAUCUUCUCCUUACGGUAUCACUGCUGAGUACAACGUUAAGGGGGUACUCGUUAUUUAUCGCCGGGGGGGAAGGAUGUGUGGAGUUUUUUUGCGUGGGGGGAUCACAUGGGUUUUAGGGGGGACAGAGGAGUAUAAAGGGGGGGGACUACAGAGAAGUGACUCCCAAUUAACUGACCAUGGAGAGGAAUCAUAAGAUUAUUACAGAGUCUUAUGGGGAGAUCAGCUGGAUUUUUAUUGUGACACAACCAAGAUCCUUCAAUCCCCUCCACCCCCCACCCCCGCAGGCAAUGAAAUAAUUAUUUUCUAAUAAUAAGUUAAAGUUCAGAUCAUGAGAAUGGAGAAGGUGAUGGUUAACUGAAGAAGAUCUUGAUUGCAAAACAAAUUCUCCUUUGUUCGUACCAUGUUUAGAGAACAAUAUGGAGAAUAUGCAUAAAAAUCAUCCUAGAAGCUCCCCCCCCACCCCACCCCCUCACCAUCUCCUUAUUUGAUAGCACCUCCCUGCAGUGUUCUAUAGGGUUUUUAAAACUCUUAUUUUAAAGACUCCGAGUUCGCAGAUUAUUCCUCUUGACUAUUUUUUUAACCUUCUUUCAUUAAAUGAUCUGAUGGAGUAACACUCGUGGCCACCGGUUUGAUUAUAGCUGGAGUAAAUUAAUAGAUAAAAAGCACCUUGUAUCACCGACACAACAAUUUGUAAAACGCAGUUUAACAAAUAAAAUCUAUUGAAAGGAUUGUAACUAACUUUCAAAUUGAUAUAUAAAUACUAUUUGAAUAUAAAGAAAUCUCAUCGAAAUAAAAUGAACGUCACAAAUCACAGACUAUUCUCACCUGGGUUGUAAAAGUGUGGCAGGAAGACUGAAAGGAAAUGAAAAAUAUAGCCACGCGUAAAUUAAUCACUAGAAAAGAAAAAACAACCGCUCAGUCAGUCUUAAUGUCACCAUAUCUUUAAAAGCUCUCUACUUUUUUAAUCAUCCUCCUUUCGUCUCUCCUUAAUUCUCCUUUUGAUCGAUAACAUAUAAUUGCUCCCUCCCCCUCCCUCCCCCCCUCCCCCCCUAACUACCACCACUGCCUCCUCCAAAAAAAAGCUUGAAAACAAGUACACACGAUAGGGAGGCUUAUUACAGAAAACACGAACGUUUCGAAAUUAAUCCUACCUGCUUAUCUACUUUAGAAAAUGUACAAAACUCGCUUUCUACAAGCUUACAAAAUAAAGACGUUCGUAGUUCAGAAAUAACUCCAUGAUACUAAUAAUUUUUGAUUUCAUAAAUACUUUUUUACCUGCCUGGCAAAUAGAUGUCUGUAGUUUCUAUUUAACCUGCGGUUAACACGCUGAAAGAAAACGAACCCACAAAUUAAUAGAAUUAACGCUAAUAAACAAAUUGAAGAAAAUCAAGGGCAAAGCCAAAUUAUCACUGGCGAGCGCCUCCCUUCGUGGAGCCUUAGCUUAAUUACGAAAAUCACUCUGAUAAUAUUUAUUACAGCGAACAAUAGUCUGAGACUUUUUCACAUUAAAAUAAGCGCUCCUUCCGAAAAAGGGGCGCUUAUUUCUUUUUCGAGCAACGGCAGCAAUUGAAACAAAGCUUCGAUGUUCAUGUGACUGAGGAUCAAAAAGAUUGGAAGCAGAUUUCUUUGUCCCUGGAUCCUUCCUUGCCUGAACGACCAGCCAAGCAAUCGACGGAAAAUUUUAAAAGGAAUCCAUCGUUGAGGGAUCUGUGCCCUCACGGCGAUAUAAUAGUUGAGAGAUUGAGACUAAGACCAAUAUUUCUCUCGUGAACCUUUAAGUGAGGAAUUAACCUUUUAACGCCCAUGAGUGACCAAGACAGAAUUUCUCCUUACAAUAUCAACACAACAUCGAGCAGGCAAGUAAUGAGAAUGAAGAAAAAUAUCAGUAAGGAGAUUAUAAGUUGAUCCAAUACCAAAUUCUCCAAACCAACAUCACAAGAACUGUAUGGCAGACAGUAAGGAGAAUUACUAAUGAGAUCUUGAGAGUUAAAGAGUUAAAGGAAGAUGGACCACGGUCGAUCUCAAUGUACACGUACUCCAACAGUGCUAUUACUGAAACAGAAUAAGUGCGUUAAUUGGAAAAAGGGACGCUAGUUGUAAUGGCGGUGCUUAAUCAAUAGAGACGCUAAUUAGAAUAGAGGCGCUAACCAACAAAAACAAAUUUUAGGGGGGGGGGAGGGUCUCUAAUUAGAGAGGGAGCUUAUUAUAUGGAGGGAGCUAAAUCUAAUUAUUACGGUAAACAAUUUCCAGUAGAUCUCUUGUUUCAUGUCAACAACUGAGGCGUUGCUCGGAAAUUUGACAGAAAUGCCCGUCUUAAAUGCAUGUUACUGUUUCCAAAUAUUAACUAACGUCAUAGUUUUGACAUAAAAACAUAUCAGCCUGGAGUAGAUUACGUAGCGCGCCAUUCCCGUCAUUUCGUGACGGGAGGAGCCUGCAAUGAGUUCAGCGGUGCUAUCCUAAAGAGGAAAACUACUGCUAUCGCUACGUGUUGAAAGUUGUUUGUCACUAUAUAAGGGAAAAAUCUGCCGAGGAUACCGAAGCUGGAACAUAGCAAUGGCUGCUGAAAACAACUGGCAGACAAAACUCCAAACUAUCGUCGAGAGAACCGCGUUUAUUUUCAAUAACGAGAUGCUAAGCGACGUGAAAUUUGUGGUUCCUGUGUCGAGUGGAGAAAGCGAAAGUACGAAAGUGAUCCCAGCUCACAAGUUUGUGCUAGCAAUCGGUAGUCCUGUGUUCUUUGCCAUGUUCUAUGGUCAAAUGGCGGAGACUAAAGACUCUAUUGAACUACCUGACUGUGAUUACGACAGUCUGUUGGAGUUGUUUCGCUUCCUCUAUAGCGACGAAGUAACUUUAAGCGGAAGUAAUGUGAUGCAAGUGAUUUACUUGGCGAACAAAUACAUGGUGCCUUCACUCGUUGAGAAAUGCACGGAAUAUCUUCACCACAAUUUGACAGUAACAAAGGUGUUUAGCAUUCUGCCAUACGCCCAGAAAUUUCAGGACAAGAAUUUGGAAGAACGAUGCUGGAAAGUUAUCGAGAUUUUCACAGAGGAAGCUGUGACGUCAGACGACUUUGUGACAGCUGAGAGAUCUGUUGUUGAAUCUCUUGUGAAGAGAGAAGUGUUGAGCGUGACGGAAGUGGAACUGUUCAAAGCUGUUGAUCGCUGGGUCACAGAAGAAGGAGAACGGCAGGUACUUACACUUGAUGGAAAGACGAAGAGACGACUUCUUGGAGAGGAAAUCGUGAAAGGAAUUCGCUUUCCGUUGAUGACAUUGGCGGAGUUUGCCACGGUAGUCUACGACACUGCUAUUUUAUCUAAGAAGGAGACAGGCGACAUGAUUAAAUUUUAUGGCAACGUCAUGAAAAGCCCUUUACCAUUUUUGCAGGGAGCAAGGAGGAAGUUUCUUGGAUUUCGAGUCAACAGAUUUAACGAUUAUUGUAAGCCAGCUACAGGUUGGAAUUACAAUAGGGGCCUCCCUGACAUUGUUCACUUCUCCGUAAACAAGCCUAUUAUGUUGCUUGGAAUUCAGCAUUUUGGUUCUGAUGGUGGCGAGCACACAGUCUCCACUAGGGUCAAACAUAUAGCCACUAACUUUACUGUUGUUGAACAAUCAGGAACAUUCACUUCGGAAAAGGACGCGAACAAUAAUUAUUAUAGCUUUUUUGUUUCUUUUGGUAAUCUGGUUUCUUUGGACGCAAAGAAGCAGUAUAUGCUAGAGUCACUUAUCAAGGGUCCUGUGUCAUGGUACGGAAAAGAUGGACGAACGUCUGUCGAAGCAGAAGGAGUGCAAUUUACUUUCAGUGAU